AUGGCUCCUAUCGACGCACCACUUGCGCCUUCACGCGCCCCCUCCAAUCAUGUUGAUAUCGCCGGCGCAGGCGCCACACCAACUAGAGCCACAGCGCAGACCACAACGCCUGUGGCGACUCCCCCUAUUGCGUCAUCCACAUCCACGUCUGCGUCCGCGUCUACAUCUGCUGCGGCAACAUCGACAAACACAGACUCCAUUGCGCUCAGAAGCACUCUCCGCCUGCUGAUGCUACAGCGCGAGCGCGCGCGCAAUGAUAUUCAGACCCUCGAAGAGCUGCGUCUGCAGGCGCUCGACAAGCCCGUCGAAUUCAUCGAGUAUAUCCAGGAGCUCGCCGCCGCUGGGCACCCCACAUCCUCAUCCUCGUCUUCAGACGAGGAGUCCACUAGUAAAUCCGCAAAAUCUGCUAAUCCCGGUACCACACCAGCGACCAGGAAGCGCAACGGAAAGCGCGCCGCCUUUGCAGCAACAAAGGACUUGCCAAAGCCGCAAGAGAUCUACCGCUGCCCAACAAUCGAGUGGCAGAAGUACCACGUUCUCGGCGCGCCUCUCGAAAAACUCGUUGAAGAGCAGCAACGGCGACCCAUGGUGGUUCCGCAGCAGAUGCAGACCGGAGGGAUCUUGGGCGUUGGCGCCGAGUUUGGCGAGAAGAUCUCUGGCGACGGGGGCGUUAUGAAGGGGCGUAUGAGGCUCUUUGAUGGCGUCUCACAGCGCGGUGGCGUUGUGGGAAGAUAA